AUGCUCUGCGUCGAAAUGAGGAGCGCCGUGGCCUGGCUGGAUAGUCCAUGUGGUUCUCGCGGAUCUGCUCGUCUUGUUUUGUUGCGCUCUGUCCUUCUAGAUAAAAGCAACCCGUGGACUGGAGAUGUUGCCAAGCCACGUGACCGGGGACGGAAAAACUGGAAAUCCAGUGGUGGAGUUUCCACAAUCACCCGCGGCAAUCAGUUCAAGUCCUUUCCAGAGAGAAUUGGAGAAGCUGCCGAAAACAAAGCCUAA